AUGGAUAAAUUUGGUGGUUUGACUCCACCUUUGACAAGCACGGAAUACACUCCCAACUCAAACAGUUCUACACCAACUACACCAUCCCAUAUUUUUACGGGCAUUAAAAUCACUAGUAUCAUAGAUGAAUCUAUAGAUUUGAAUUCCAAAAUUGGUGAUAGUGCUGCAUCAUCAUCUGCAACAACAACAUCUACAAAUAUUAAUAAUCGUACUACUACCAUAUUCCUUCAAGAUAUCAAUAGUAUUACCGAUAGUACAAGUAGUAGUAGCAGCAGUAGUAGCAGUAGUAGUGCCAGUGCCAACGAUAAUGACAAUGAUAAUGACAAUGUCGAUACCAACAACUAUAUAUUCGAAGACAACAAUAGUAAUAACACUAACAACAACAUUAUUGAUAAAUCAGAACCUGGAGUAAUCAUUGACAACAACAACGACGACGACAAAGAAGAAGACAUCAAUAAUAAUAACAACAAAAACAAUAACAGUAAUAACAAUAAUGACGAAGAAGAGAAUAUGGAUAUAUCAAUCACAUCUUCAUCAUCUAUAAACUGUGAUAGUAGUAGUAGUGCUUACCAUUUCGAAAUGGAGCUAAUGGAUUCAUCGUCUAUUUUCUUAACUCCGCCACUUGCAUCAACCAAUCCAGAGGCAGUAACAGCAACUACAACAACAACUACAAUGCCAACUAGAGAGGUAGUAGAAUCAUCAGCUUCUAUGCCUACACCAAUGGAUUCCUAUUCAUCUGAAAUGCCUAGAAGUGUUACUACUCCUUCGCCAUUGCGAAUCGACAAUAUCAACCUAUCAAAAGUUUCACCACCCCUCACAUCGAUACCACCACUACCACCUCAAACACAAACACAAACACAACAACAACCACCCGCAACACUAGACACAAUAACAACCAACACUAUUCCAUUUUCAUUUACAACACCAAAAACCAACUAUUUAAGUCCAAACACAAACACAAACACAACAACAACAAAUCAAAACAAAACCAAUAGUAUUAAUUCACUAGCCAAUAGACAUAGUAAAUCUUCACCUUGUAUAAAUUUAUCUUCAUUCCAACCAAUGUCACCUUUAAAUAUGUCAACAUCUGAUUAUAAUAAUAUUAAUAGUAAUAGUAAUAAUAAUAAUAGUAUUUAUAAAAAUAAUAAUAAUCCACCUAACAAUAAUAAUAAUAAUAGUAUUAAUAAUAGUCCAAGUAGUACUAUUAAUAAUAAUUAUAAUAUAACAAUAAAUAAUAAUAGUAAUAAUAAUAGUAGUAGUAGUAGUAGUGAUUCAUCGAUUAAUAAUAAUAAUAGCGGUGGAAAUACAAGAAAGAGACUGUUGAAUUUCGAGUUAUCACCAUGUCUUUCUUCACAGGUCACUAUCAAUUUCUCAGAGCUCGAGUGUUUCGAGAGUAUUGUAACUUCAUCGCGUGACGCUUUCUUUCCAACGGUAAUCAAUUGUUUCAACAAGUUUCUUGGUACAGAGAAGAGAAUCACCAUCUCUGAGAUCAACCCGGGCAACGUCGAGAUGAGCACCAUUCUCCAAUUUCAAAACGGUGAAUAUGGAUGUGCAGGCGAGCGAUAUCCAUCGGGUUCGCUUCAAUCGAAACAAGAUUCCGCACCAUACCUUGAAAACAACACAACGAUGCGUAUUCCUCUAUACUCCCACCAACUCUGUGGAGAGAUUCAAAUCGAACCCAUCUCCCAAAUGGAAAUGGAAUGGUUAUUAAAAAGUUUAAUUUUAAAAUUUAUUGUAAAGCAUACUUUAUAUGAAGUCGAGAGAAAGAUUCAUGAAAAUCUAUUGUAUAUGAUUGUGGAGUUCAGUACAUCGACUGCCGAGGAUUUCUUUCAGAUGAUGUCUAAACAGCUAUGUUAUGUCUUCAAAGCAAAGUUUGCUGGUGUAUGUCAACAAGUGUCACCUUCACAUGCAGUAACACUUGUUCUAUGUGAAAAAUCAACUAUCUUGGAGAACAGAAGUAUUCUAUUGAACGAUACUCCAUGUGGUAAAUUAUAUAGUGAAAAGAAAGUAAUGGUUUGGAAUGAAAAACUUCCAGAGGUAUUUCCAAAAGAUGAUUUCAUAACGGAUAACAAUAUAAAGUCAUAUCUUGGAGUGCCACUUAUUGGCCCCAUGGGUGGUGCAGUUGGCCAUAUCUUUAUCAUGGGAGAAUAUCCGAUCAAUACUGGUCUUCUAAGUUCAUCGAUGCUAGCAGUAAUCUCCAAUAGAGCUGCAUCUGAAUUAGAAGGAAGAAAAAUUAGAGAAGAAUUGAUUUUGUCAGAGAUUAUAUUGAAUCAAUUCCCAUCAUGUAUGUUUCUUGUAAAUAAUCAAGGUGUUAUUGUAAGAGAGUUUGGUGCGAUCAACCAGAUUAUGGGGUUCGAUUCGACGUGUCUCGGUAAGAAUAUAUCGAUGUUUGAGAAGGGAAAGGAAGAGAUCUAUCAGGCGUUGCAUAGUUUGAUAAAGAGUGGUACUAAAGAUACCGUUGUCAAGGAGAUCACUCUCACCAGAAUGGAUGACAAGGAGUUCUUUACGGAGGUUUCACUUCGCGAGAUAUUCGAUCAGAAUGGAAUGCCAUUGGGUAUUAUGGUAGUGAUUAGAGACAUCACCGAGAGUAAGCAGAUUCAACACUCUCUGGAGGAGGUGAAUCACCAACUAUCCUGUAAGAACAAAGAGUUGGUGGAAGCAAGAGAUAGAGCGUUGAAAGCGAUUCAAAUGAAAUCUAAAUUUCUUGCUACUAUUUCACAUGAAAUAAGAACACCUAUGAAUGGUGUUAUUGGUAUGGCAGAGAUGCUGUUAACAUCAAAGUUAAAUCCAGAACAAUAUGAAAUUGCCGAUACCAUUUACAAAUCGGGAGAGUUACUUCUAUCGAUUACUUCUGAUAUUUUGGAUUUCUCAAAGAUUGAAGCAUCUAAAUUAGAGUUGGAGAUGAUAGAGUUUGAUUUUAUUGGUUGUAUUGAAGGUGUAUUUAAUACUCUGUCGAUAUCAUUGGAUAAGAAGAUUGAAAUAAUCUUGUUAUUUGAGAAAGAUGUUCCAACAAAGUUGAUUGGUGAUCCAAAUAGACUCAGACAAAUCAUUUUGAAUAUUGGACAUAACGCUAUCAAGUUCACUGAUAAGGGUCAUGUUUUUGGUCAUAUCUCUGUGGUGUCUAGAGAGCGUGGAACUGUACAGAUAUGUGUAUCCAUUCAAGACACUGGCAUUGGUAUUGAGCCUGAAAAGAGAGAUAUGCUCUUUGAACCAUUCUCACAGUUGGAUAGCUCAACAACCAGGAAGUAUGGUGGUUCCGGAUUGGGACUGGCGAUUUGUUCGCCACUUGCCAAGCUAAUGGAUGGCGAUGUCAGUCUCGACUGGAGUCAACCUGGCAAAGGUUCGAUAUUCUCAAUCAAAGCAAUCUUCAAGGAAGUUACGGAAAUGCAUCUUGCCAAUGCAAUGGCUCCACCCAUGCCAGUCGAGAGCAAUCAAACUUCGAAUCUCUGUAUUCUGGUGGAUGACUAUCCGUUUGGUGGAAAGAUAAUGAUAAAGAAGAUCGAACAACUCAACAAUAUCAAAGUGCAAUUGGUGAAAUCGAUGCAGUUGGAAGACGCACUCUAUAUGAAGCAAAGCAAUCAUUGGACACAGUGUCUCUUUGCCAAUCAGUUCUUGACAAUGAUUAUGUUGGUGCAUCGUGAGCACAAGGAUAUCAAUAGUUUCAUCAAAUUGGCACAGGACACCUCAGAGUUCUACCAACAUACAAACAUCAAAGUGAUGUUGGUCACUAGUUUUGCAAAUUCAAAGUUGGUACCAAAGGAAAGGAAGUUUAUCCUACUCACCAAGCCACUCUCCACCAUCAAUCUUUCAAAGAUACUGAAUCAACAGUACUGGGAGAACAACAUUGGCUAUCAGAAUCUGAUGCAAUACGAGAAUGGCAGUAGAAAAUCAUCAAUGGAACUCUUUGAUAGAUUUAAAGAUAAUGAAUUAAAAAUAUUAUUAGUAGAAGAUAAUGCUGUAAAUAGAAAAGUUAUAUCUAUGCAACUAAAGAAACUUGGAUACGAUUGUGAUGUUGCAGAAGAUGGAAAUGAAGGAUAUAAUAAAUACAAAGAAGGACAAUACGAUUUAAUAUUCAUGGAUUUGACAAUGCCAAAUUGUGAUGGUGCUCAAUCGAGUCUUAUGAUAAGAUCUUUCGAACAGAUAACAAACAAGCCAAAAGUCAUCAUUAUUGCACUCUCUGCUACUGUACUCGAUGGCUCAAAAGAUUUUUGUAAAUCUAUGGGAAUGGAUGAUUUCAUUGUCAAACCAUUAAAAAUGAAAAGAUUAAAACAGGUCUUAGAUACCAUUCAAGCUGAAAGAUCGAAAUUGAUGAGUGAUUCAAUUUAG